GAUUUAUUGAAUAGCAUCGACACGCAGUUGGCGGAAGAGGUGAGCCGGAGGAGACAGGAAAAGGGAGAGUAUUCACUUUCGGGCCGCCUGGUGUGUGUGUGUGUGUGUGAAUAUGUGUGUGUGUGUGUGCGCAUACUUGGGAGAGAGUGUAGUGUGGUGAGUGGGUGGGUGCGUUAGUCAGUCGGCUCUCUGCAGUGCACUCAGCCGCUUGUGCUCUCCUCUCGGCUGAGUGGAAACACCAUGUGUCUGUGGGACGCCCAGAAGGACGUUCCCCCCACGGAACCGAGACCAGAGUAGACCGCCGGACCGCCUGGAGGACGAGGGCCCACGAUGGACUCCUCCAGAACCUCGGAGUAGACGACGUGGGGAAAAGAGGGGGCGCCGAGAGGCUCCCGAAACCCGGAUAGUUUGAGGAUAGUUUUUUGCGUUUGAUCCCACCACCUCAAACCUGGCUAUGCCAUGCUGGCUCAGAGGAACGGGCUCCCGCCGGGCUGCAAGCCGGCUCCCCUGAAGGAUCGCCCGGACCCGCGGGACGCCGACGCCGAAGGGUGCUGCUCCCUCUCCCCUUCCCCGUCGGCGGGAGGGUGCCCCUGGGCUCGGCUCGCCGGGGCGGACGACUGCCUGUCGGAGCCGUACUGUCUUUGGUUCCAGCUGUUGGCCCGAGCCUACUGGGGGGAGGUGGAGCUGGGGCUCACCAGUCCCAACCGCAGCGUGUCCUGGGCUCGGCUCAGAGAAGCCUCCAGGAAGAACUGCGUCCGGUCUCGGGCCAAGCAGAAGGAUGGGCUCGAUCAGAGCGAGGCGUCGGCCGUGGCUUCUCCCGGGGCGGAGGAGGAGCCUUUUUCCUGGCCGGGGCCCAAGACGCUUCACCUGCGCCGAACCUCCCAGGGCUUCGGCUUCACGCUGCGACACUUCAUCGUCUACCCGCCGGAGUCCGCCGUCCACAACUCUCUGAAGGAUGAAGACAACGGCAGUCGAGGGCGACAGCGGAACCGGCUGGAGCCAAUGGACACCAUUUUCGUCAAGCAAGUGAAAGAGGGAGGCCCCGCCCACGGAGCUGGACUCUGUACAGGGGACCGGAUAGUGAAGGUGAAUGGAGAGAGCAUCAUUGGGAAGACCUACUCGCAAGUCAUAGCUCUGAUCCAGAACAGCGAUGCCUCACUGGAGCUCUGUGUGAUGCCAAAGGAUGAGGACAUUCUGCAGCUGGCGUAUUCCCAGGAUGCAUAUCUCAAAGGAAAUGAUGCGUACAGCGGAAAUGCCCAGAACAUCCCCGAGCCCCCUCCCAUAUGCUACCCUCGGAUAGAAGUAAAGGCCGCGGGCAUGGCUCAGGCAUCGGAGCCCGCCGCAGUCAGUGAGACCCCCCCUGGCCCGGCUCAGGGACCGGGAAGAAGAGGGGGGGCCGUGGAAAAGAGCUACCGGGUUGAAAUCCCCGUUCCGCCAUCUCCCCCGCCCCAACAGCCGUCGAAGUCUCAGACAGUGGUUUGUGUCUGUAGUGAGACUGUGAGGACAGUGGCUAUGCCUCCGGAUCCAGUUGAUAGGGGGUCCCGGGUGGCCCGGGCUGGACCAAGCCACAGGACAGAGGAAAACCGGUACAGUCCUUCAGCAGAUACCGGCUCAGCGAGACCGAGACCUCUUAUUCCCUCAGUACCUGGGGGUGCACAGUUGCAGUACCCCUCUUCCCGUCCCACAGAAAGCCCGGUCUACUCCCCCCCUUCAUCGAGACCCGGUCCUAUCUAUCCUGACACAUUGUCUCCAGCUGUACGGUCCACCGCCGCCUCACCGGACGCGUUCUCCAGCGCCAUCUCACCCAGCGCCAACCACUACUCACCCUCUCCCACGGCCCCCUCCACCUCUCCACACCAGAACAUCGACUGGAAAAACUACACCACCUACAAGGACUAUAUAGACGCCAAGAGGCUGCACACGUAUGGUUGCCGCACCAUCCAGGAGCGCUUGGACAGCUUGCGUGCGGCUGCCAAUUCCAGCUCUGCCUACGCCCAGCAACGCACGCCGACUCCUCCUAGCUCCAGUCAAAGGGGGGCACUGGGCUCCCAGGUCAGACGGAGAAGCACCUCGAAUGACCGCGGGGUGGAUGCAAGUAGCAAGGUCACUGCGGCGACUCCAUUACGUAGCAUCUCCCAAGAGAGGCUUGGAGCGGAGAGGACAACACCAAACAGGAACUGGCCCCGGAGUGCGUCCGAGGACGCUCUGCCUUUCUCCAGCCCCGCCGGAGUCCCCGAACCUCGGGCGCGGUCUUGUGACUACCUGGGGAAGCAGCCCGGAGAAGCAGGUGGGUUGGCCGUCUUCGGAGACCGGGUGGUGUUGGAGGACAGGCUGCUGCUGUGUCGGGGAGAGGAAGCCAGAGCUAGCAGGCAGGGAACGGGCCUGAGAGCUUCGCCUCGUCUGAACCGGAGUCUCACUGGACAGGAGGGAGGCGGGCGAGGAGAUGGACUAUCAAACUCUGCUCCUGUGUUUACUAAAUUCACGACGGACUCCGUGCUAACAUCAAGGGCCGACGGUGUCAUAAUGAGACCGUCGCGCCUGCCUGUUAAAAACUCCAUCUCAGACCCUUCAACUGCCUUACCCUCCUCUCGACCCACAGACCCUCUCAAAGACCAAAGAGCCAACAUGGUGGGCAACCACCUGUCACCGCUGCACCUGCAGCUCAGAGGCCGCGCUGACAGCCUGAAAAUGGAGAGCAGGUCGGAGGCCGGGUUGGCCGCCAGGUCCUCCUCUUGCUCUGGUACUUCCUCUAAACUGCCCUUGCAGAGACAACUACAAAGUGUGGUUGUCGCUGCCUCUCCCUCUGCUCCCUCCACCCCUAAUGGAGCUGUCACCCAAAAGCCAAAAGCCAGAGGGCUGUCCAGCUCCACCAGCGCCCUUGUACGGACUAACGGCGUAGAAGGACCGGACGCGACAGUCGUCGUCCUGAGAAGGGACAAAACCUCUGGGCCUCCCCACAUCCGCCCUCCGUCCUACGUGCUAGCCGUCAAUGACAACCAGGGAGGAGGGAGUCACAAGCCCCCGCCAUUGGUGAAGGCGGGCUCUGCAGACGGGACGAUGUGCUGGACGUCCGACGACGGCUUCAGGGAGACGCAUCUGAGAAGGCUCGGAGACGCGCGUCAAAAGUCCGCCUCCAACGACUUGGACGACUCCCUGGAUUCAAUCCCCUUCAUAGAUGAACCAUCGAGUCCCGGCACCGACCAGGACAGCGCUCACGUCCCGGCCUCCGCCGUCAUAUCGGGAACGCCCGUCAUCAUCACCACCGUGCCGCCAAGCCCCGCCUCUCUGUCCCCUCUCAUCCGACGCCACAUGUCACAUGACCAAGAUUCUCUCCGUCUCACCAUUAUUGAGUCAGAUUCUGGUAAAACGGAGCGGUCCAAGUCGUAUGACGAAGGUCUGGAUAACUACCGGGGAGAGGUCAUCGGGAGGUCUUUAAUACCGGGCCUGAAGAGUCUGAGGAAGGCGGUGGUGGACCGGUCCUCCGAAGAUUCGGGGUCCAGGAGGGAUUCUUCAUCGGACGUCUUCUGCGACGCCACCAAGGAGGGACUGCUGCACUUCAAGCAGCUGAACACGGACAAGAGCAAGCGCGUCGGUGGAGGAGGAGGCAUGCGCCCGUGGAAGCAGAUGUACGGCGUGUUGAGGGGCCGCUACCUCUGCCUGUACAAAGACAGAAAGGAAGGGCAGGCCCACGCCAACUGCCAGGCGGUGGACGAGCCGCUGCCCAUCAGCAUCAAGGCGUGUCUGAUCGACAUCUCGUACAGCGACACCAAGCGCAAGAACGUGCUGCGGCUGACCACGUCGGACUGCGAGUUCCUGUUCCAGGCCGAGGACCGGGAGGACAUGCUGGCCUGGAUCCGGGUCAUUCAGGAGAACAGCAACCUGGACGAGGAGAACGCGGCCUUCACCAGCCAUGACCUCAUCAGCAGGAAGAUCAAGGAGUACAACACCUUGAUGAGCCCGACGGGCAGCAAGACGGAGCCGUCGCCCAAAUCCUCCCGCAUCCGACUGCUGGGAGGGAAAGGAGAGCCCAGAGCAUCGAGUCCGCUCACACCCAAACCCGAGCAGGAGAGGAAGAACACGCACAAAGAUGACACCAGCCCCCCCAAGGACAAAGGGAUGUGGAGGAAGGGCCUCCCGGGCCUGAUGAGGAAACCUUUCGAGAGGAAGCCGUCCCCCGGGGUCACGUUCGGAGUGAGGCUGGACGACUGUCCUCCUGCACACACCAACAAGUUCGUGCCCCUGAUCGUGGAGGUGUGUUGUAAGCUGGUGGAGGACCGGGGGUUGGAGUACACGGGCAUCUACCGAGUCCCCGGGAACAACGCCGCCAUCUCCAACAUGCAGGAGGAGCUCAAUAACAAGGGCAUGAACGAUAUCGAUAUCCAGGACGACAAAUGGAGGGACCUCAACGUGAUCAGCAGUCUACUCAAGUCCUUCUUCCGUAAACUUCCAGAGCCGCUGUUCACCAAUGACAGGUACGCAGAUUUUAUAGACGGCAACAGAACACAGGACCCAGUGGAGAGACUCAAAGUGCUCAAGAGGCUGCUUCACGAGUUGCCCGAUCAUCAUUACGAAACCCUCAAGUUCCUCUCGGCUCAUCUCAAAACCGUGGCCGACAACUCGGAGAAGAACAAGAUGGAACCGAGGAACCUGGCCAUCGUGUUCGGCCCCACUCUGGUGCGCACCACCGAGGACAACAUGACCCACAUGGUGACCCACAUGCCGGACCAGUACAGGAUCGUGGAGGCCCUCAUUCAGAAUUACGAGUGGUUCUUCACCGACGAUGGGACCGGAGAUCCAGUGACCAUCUCGCGGCAGGAGAGCGCGGUGGAGUCCCAGCCCGUGCCCAACAUCGACCACCUGCUCACCAACAUCGGCCGCACGGCCACCUCGCAGGGUGAAGUAUCAGAUUCACAGACUAGUGACUCAGCUAAAUCAAAGGGUUCCUGGGGCUCGGGGAAGGACCGAGAGCUGCUAGUCUCCUCCAUCUUUGCUGCCGCCAGCCGCAAAAGAAAGAAGUCAAAGGAGAAGCCGCAGCCCAGCAGCUCAGAUGACGACCUGGAGGCCGCGUUCCCAAAGAAGGAAAACCCCGGCCAGAAGCCGAACCACCACGGCCUCCAGACCGAGGCCCGGAGCGAGGCCCGUCCCGGCCUCAACGUCAAGCAGCCGGCGGAGGAGAGGAAGGAGAACGGGAGGGCUGUGGAGGUCAAGAGAGAGCACAGGAACUCCUCAUUCCUGAAGGAGACCACGUCCUCGCCUCCCACCUCCCCGAACCCAAAUGUCUCCGUCUACCAAACCGAGGCGAGACCCUCUUUGUCGGACCCCCCGUCCCAGCUCGACGAGAACACCUCUGACCUCGGGACCAUGAGCUCCGGGGCGUCGGUGUCCAGGUCGAGACCGAAGAAGUGGACCGGCGCGACCCCCGACCUUCCCGCGGGAGCGUGCGGCGGACAGGCGGCGGGUCCGGGGGCGUCCGCCGGCGCGGAGGUGAGCUCCAUCACCUCGGACUACUCCACCACCUCCUCCAUCACGUUCCUGACCGGAGCGGAGUCCAGCGCUCUCAGUCCGGAGCUGCAAGGCGGGGAGGAGGCGGACGACGAGCGCAGCGAGCUCAUCAGCGAGGGCCGGCCCAUGGAGACGGACAGCGAGAGCGACUUCCCGGUGUUCGCCCCGGGCGGCGGCAGCAGCCAGUCGACCCCCUGCCCGGACAGUCGGGACAAGGCGGAGCUCAGAGGAGGCGGAGCGACCGAGGGCGGCGCCGCGGCGAAGCUGGAGGCGCGCCGCCUUUUCCCGACGCACCGGAUGAUCGAGUGCGACACGCUCUCCAGAAGGUGGUCCCUCAGGCAGAAGACCGACAGCGAGUCGUCGGUGGAGGGCGCCGCCGGCAGCUCGGAGCGCAGCGAGGGCAGAGCCGAGUCCUCCACGCGGCUCUCCCGGGUCCUGGAGGUGAUGAAGAAAGGCCGGUCCACGAGCAGCCUCAGCUCGUCCUCGCGCAGCGAGUCGGAGCGUCCCGAGCCCGCCUGGCACCUCAAGAUCACGGAGCGGCUCAAGUUCAAGCUGCGCUCCUCCGCCGACGACAUGUUCGCCCAGAAGAGCCGCGGGAGGAAGAAGAACAUCCGCCGCAGGCACACCAUGGGCGGGCAGAGGGACUUCGCCGAGCUGGCGGUCAUCAACGACUGGCGGGAGCAAGGCGGCGUGGACCAGACCGCCGAGCUGUCGGCUCUGGACCGCCUGAAGCCCCGGUGCUCCUCCCAGGACUUCUCCAUCCGGGACUGGAUCACGAGGGAGCGGCGCAGGGGCUCCGACUCCAGCGCGGAGGUCGCGCCGAGAGCCGUCCCCAAGGAGGAUCAACCCGUGGCUCCCGAGAGACCGCCUUCUCCCGCGUCUCCGGUCGCGCCGGAGCAAGUCAACGGCGGAGCGCCGCAAGGCAAAAGCAACAAAGCCGGCCUGCCGGACGCUCACCCCCACAAACUGUCCGGGGUGCACGUGGUCCGCUCACGGUUCUACCAGUAUCUGUGAACGAAGAGGCGGUUCUGGUUCCAGAGGACCUUUUUGUGUUUUUUUUAUUUUUUUAUUUUUUUUUUUUUAAAGGAACGAAUGCGUAAAUGUACGAAUGUGGAUAUUUUAGCGAAGGUCACUGCACAAUAUUUUUUCUACAAAGUAUACUUUAUGUAUCUACUGUACAUACCAUGUACAGGCUCGUGUGAUUGUUACUGGAAUCGUGCUGAAGAGAUGUUGACGUGUGUGCGACUUCCAUACUGGAACUUCCUCCUGCAGCAUCGAACCCGCGGGACGCUGAACGUUAACGGGACAGAAAUGAGCUUUGUGGAUUGUUAAUGAAACUUUACUAUUACUGAACGCAGGAGGAAGCUUCUUUUCUUUUUAAAGGAUUCAGCUCUUCCUCUUAUAAGCGGUAUGAAGAAUGUAUUACUCUCUUGGACUAACACUAGUUGCUUGUGACGAUAUUGUCAAAAAACAAUAUGUAUUUUUUUCGCCUGUACUUGAAGUAUGUGGAUGUAACUGAGGGCUGCUUUCUGAGCUGCGUGCUGUGGGAAGUUUGAUUUUUUCACAGCACAGUCAUAACAGACAGAUAUUAGCUUGAUGGAUUAUUAUAGUUUUUAUCAAAUAACGACUGAAAAAAACAAACACACAUUAAAAAAAUAAAUUUAAAAAAAACAGUAAUGAAAAUGCUGAUACUAGAGUAUUUAAUGCUUGGUACGGUUGUUUUUAUUUCAAAAACUUUGUCCAGUUAUACACAUUUUGUUUUAAAAAAAAAAGAAUUAAGUGCCUCUUUUUUUCCCCUCUUUUUUUUUAAGACUGUUUUUACCAGAAUAUGCGUUCACGUCGACAUCGGAGCAUUCAAAUGUAUCUUUUUAUUGUCAAUGCAGUGAAAUGGGCGCUCAGAACCCGGCAGAGGAAACACACCGACGGCAUCUUUACAUCUUUACAUCUUUACGGCUGCAUGAGACAAUGUUUCCUGGACAGUGAACAUCUGGCCUGUGUGCAGCAGAACAAGGUGCAGCAAA